AUGAGGAGCGUGGAUGCGUUUGAGGCUGUUUUUGCUCUACUUGUCUAUGGAUUGUUCCUCUUUCCUAGUUUUGAUAACUUCGUUGCCAUGGAUGCCAUCAAGAUCUUCUUAAUAGGAAAUCUAGUUCCUACUUUGCUUGCCGAUGCCUAUCAUUCUGUUCAUAUAAGGAAUUCUUAUAGCGGAGGAAUGAUUACAUGUUACGUGCCUAUGUUGUACAAGUGUCGUGGCUAUGAUGGAGUUAGUAUCAUUGAUAGUUGUGGAGCAUUUUCUAAUGUACUUUUUCUUGGUACAAAAGGAGGCAUCAGUUACAACCCAAUCCUAGCUCGUCGUAAACUCGGUUAUCCAAUGAGAGAUAAGACAAAGAAUAUUCACUUGGAGGGUUUGUUCUUUAAGGAAUGUGAAGAUUGCAAAGCGCUCAAAGAGAAGAUUGUGCAUGCUUGGCGCCAUGUUCAUAAGCUAGAAAAGAAAGUUUUAGGGAAGACAAAUUGUGUCUCCUUAGAACCUUAUCUUAAAUGGGUGCAAGAUAGGGCCAUCAGCUUGAAAAUUCCUUAUCCUCGCCAAGAGCCUGCCUAUAUCUUCAUGACUAAUGCAGAAAAGAUGAAGAUUUCUUUGACUAAAACACAACGAGAAAGGGACGCUUGGAAGAACAAGUAUCAAAUCAUCAACAAUGAGGAUGAAGAACUUAAAAGGAAGUUGAAGAUGAAGAAUGAAGAAUAUCUCUCUAACAAGAAGAGGAAGGUUCAAGAGGAUUUAUUUUCCUAUGGCGUUCAGUCAGAUACUUCAUGGAAGUUGAUCAUGGACAAGCUUGUGCUUGAGAAGGAUGAGAUGGAAGAACAAACUAAGACGCUUAACUUGAGGCUACUAGGGGAAUUUCAUUAG